CGGAAGAGAGAGAGAGAGAGAGAGAGAGAGAGAGAGAGAGACGGCGGGCGAGGGGCAAGGGGGGCGCCCGGAAAGAGAGAGUCUAUGGAAAAAGGGAGUAAGAGAGAAGGGGGAGAGGGGCCGCAGGCGUCAGCCGCCCCCCCUCUCCCUCCGCCCCUGCAUUCCAUCGGAAAGGACCCAUCACACACCCUAACUCCAAAAACCGAUGCCUUACCACUUGGCUAUACUCCAUACGGUCGGGUCCCGCCGUUCGCCGCCAUGGAUCCAACCAGAGCCUUCCUCAAAGACGUCAAGCGCAUCAUUAUCAAGGUGGGAACCGCUGUUGUCACUAGAACUGAUGGGAGGCUUGCUUUGGGAAGAAUUGGAGCUCUUUGCGAGCAGAUCAAAGAACUGAACUCAUGCGGGUUUGAGGUCAUUUUGGUUACUUCUGGUGCUGUUGGUGUUGGCCGGCAAAGGCUUAGAUACCGGAAGCUGAUCAACAGCAGUUUUGCUGACCUUCAAAAACCUCAAGUGGAACUAGAUGGAAAAGCUUGUGCUGCCGUUGGCCAAAGUGGUCUCAUGGCUUUGUAUGAUGCUUUAUUUAGUCAGCUGGAUGUGGCCUCAUCUCAACUUCUUGUGACCGAUAAUGAUUUUAGAGAUUCAGACUUCAGGACGCAGCUUACUGAAACUGUGAAUUCGUUAUUAGCACUCAAAGUGAUUCCUGUUUUUAAUGAAAAUGAUGCAAUCAGUACUAGGAAGGCUCCUUAUGAGGACUCAUCUGGUAUCUUUUGGGACAAUGACAGUUUGGCAGCUUUGCUGGCAUUGGAGUUGAAAGCUGAUCUUCUUGUUUUGCUCAGUGAUGUAGAAGGUCUGUAUAGUGGUCCUCCAGGUGAACGUGAUUCAAGGAUUAUACAUACAUAUGUAAAGGAAAAGCAUCAGGGGGAGAUAACUUUUGGGGAUAAGUCCAGAGUGGGAAGAGGUGGGAUGACUGCUAAAGUAAAGGCAGCUGUUUAUGCUGCUUCUGCUGGAACUCCAGUUGUUAUCACCAGUGGUUUUGCCACAGAUAACAUCAUCAAGGUACUCCAAGGAGAGAGAGUUGGUACUCUUUUCCAUCGAGAUGCACAUCUUUGGGUUUUAUCGAAAGAAGUUGGUGCACGUGAAAUGGCUGUUUCUGCAAGGGAAUGUUCAAGGCGUUUACAGAGCCUAUCAUCAAAUGAUCGUAGGAAGAUACUGCUGGCCAUUGCUGAUGCUCUGGAAGCAAAUGAAAAUUUGAUUAAAAUUGAGAAUGAGGCUGAUGUUGUUGCUGCUCAGCAGGCUGCAUACGACAAGUCUUUGAUAUCUCGAUUGACUUUGAAGCCUGGGAAGAUUUCAAGCCUUUCCAACUCCAUUCGCAUACUUGCAAAUAUGGAAGAACCAAUUGGCCAAGUUUUGAAAAGAACAGAGCUUGCAGAUGGUCUAAUCUUGGAGAAGACAUCAUGUCCCUUGGGUGUUUUGCUAAUUGUUUUUGAGUCACGACCAGAUGCUUUGGUUCAGAUUGCAUCUUUAGCAGUUCGGAGUGGGAAUGGUCUUCUUCUUAAAGGAGGGAAAGAAGCCAUGAGAUCUAAUGCAAUCUUGCAUAAGGUUAUUACUGGGGCCAUCCCAUCUAGUGUUGGUGAGAAGCUAAUUGGACUUGUUACAUCAAGAGAUGAGAUUUCUGAUUUGCUAAAGCUUGAUGAUGUGAUUGAUCUUGUGAUUCCGAGAGGAAGCAAUAAACUUGUAACUCUUAUCAAGGAGUCAACCAAGAUUCCUGUUCUAGGUCAUGCUGAUGGAAUUUGCCAUGUUUACAUUGAUAAAUCAGCUAAUAUGGACAUGGCAAAGGGCAUUGUUGCAGAUGCAAAGUUAGAUUAUCCUGCUGCCUGUAAUGCAAUGGAAACACUUCUUGUGCAUGAGCAUCUUCUAAAGACUGAAGAGCUAAAUGAUUUAAUUGUUGCGCUUAGAGGAGAAGGAGUUGUUCUCUAUGGUGGGCCUAGAGCAAGUACUGAAUUGAAAAUUCCAGCUGCCCAUUCAUUACAUCACGAGUAUAACUCCUUGGCUUGCACAAUUGAGAUUGUUGAUGAUGUAUUUGCUGCAAUUGACCAUAUACAUCGUCAUGGGAGUGCUCAUACAGAUUGCAUAGUUGCUGAUGAUCAAGAAGUAGCUCAAAUUUUUCUUAACCAAGUUGACAGUGCCGCUGUCUUUCACAAUGCAAGCACGCGUUUCUGUGAUGGUGCACGUUUUGGCCUUGGUGCUGAGGUUGGCAUAAGCACAAGCAGAAUUCAUGCACGAGGGCCCGUUGGCGUUGAAGGACUACUCACCACACGCUGGAUCCUCAGAGGGAGCGGGCAGGUGGUGGAUGGCGAUAAAGGGGUUGUAUACACUCACAAGAAUCUCACUCUGUAGUGAACCCCUUACCAAUUUUCCCUGGUGAUGCUUAAUCUAUCUGUUUAUUUCAUGUUGUAUAAUUUAUAUGCUGUUUGCCAUGAGCUUGUACCAGAAACCCUCAGAUAGAAUAAAUGGCGUAAUCCACUAUGAUUUAAGUUUAUCGUUUUUCUUU